GAGUAUUGCAGCUACUAGUGGAAUAAGAAACAUUGGAAGUCCGUAAUAUUUCUGUUCUAAUUAGUUAAUAAGAUAACAUGGCCCUCAAGUCGAAUCGUAUUCAUAAGAUCCUAGUUUUGGGAGAUAGCGGCGUUGGAAAAUCGACUUUGAUUAAGAGUUAUUUUAAUGAACGAUUUACGAACAGUUACCAAGCAACAAUUGGAGUGGACUUCUGUACUAAACAUGUCAAUAUCAAUGAUCGCAUAGUCCGAGUGCAGAUUUGGGACACAGCUGGUAUGGAGCGAUUCCUGUCUAUCACGACAAGCAUGUUUCGCGGUACGGAUUGCUGUGUCCUCGUCUACGAUGUUAGUUCCUCAAGCUCAUUUACAAACUUAGAGAUGUGGCACUCAGAAUUCCUAAAACAGGUCAACCCAAUGGAUACCGCUCGGAUUCCCUUUGUCGUCAUUGGAAACAAAGCCGAUCUUGGUCAAUAUAAUGUAUCAGCUGAGAGUGUACGGAACUGGUGUCAACUGAACAACAAUAUACCCCAUUUCGAGGUCUCAGCAAACGAUGGUCGACGUGUGGAAGACGCUUUCAAAAUAGCUGCAAAGUUAGCAUUAGACUAUGCGGAGGAACAGGUGCAAUUCGCUGCAGAUAUUCCUACAGUUCUAGAAGUGGAUGGUCGCAGUGCAAAAAAACAUUGCGCGUGCAAUUAAAUAAGCGAUUAAUCAUCUAACAUCUCUUUAGGGGCACUUUUUAAACUUCAUUUGUUUUUAACUACAUUACAUUUGUUUCUAUAAUUGUUGAUAACAAGUCUGCAUACGUAUGACAGA